AUGAGUUAUUUAGAGUAUAUAAAUGAUGGUGUAAGAGGAUCAGAUGGUAUAAGUGGAAAUCAUGGUGAUUCCGGUAGUGGCUAUGGUGGUUCAGGUAGUCACGGUUCACAUGGUCUACCAGGACAAAGAGGUACUAAUGCCGGUACCAUUAACACCUCAAUUUUUUCAGAUCCACAUGGUAAUAUUGUAUUACAAUCAAACUUUGGUGCAAAUGAAUUUUCUGGUGGUUUCCAAAAGACUGAUGCUAUGACUAUGGGUAAUCCAUCGAAUUACUUGGUUUUGUCUGCACAUGGUGGUGAUGGAGGUAGAGGAGGUGACGGUGGAAGAGGAGGUGAUGGUGCACAAGGUUAUCCUGGAAGAGAUGCCACCAGAUACUCGGCCGGUAGUGAUGGUGGUCCUGGUGGCGACGGAGGUGAUGGAGGUGACGGUGGUGAUGGUGGUAGCUCUGGAAGUGGUGCCAAUAUCAAUGUUGCCUGUAGAGAAGGUGAUAUGGAUUUGCUCAUGAUUCUCAAGCAAAAGAUUGGUGACACUCUUGCCGGUACACCGGGAUCGCCAGGAAUCGGAGGUCGUGGUGGUAGCGGAGGUAGCGGAGGUUACGGUGGUAGCUCCUAUUCCUGGACUGAAGAGCGGUACUACACCGACAGCGAAGGAAAUAGAUGUUCCACUACAGAGUCGUUCUCCAAUCCGGGUGGUUACAAUGGUCCCUCCGGAAGUUCCGGUGGAUCCGGUAAGACUGGUCACUCUGGUAAUAGUGGCCGCGACGGUAAUUUCUCGAUUUCCGUCCAGAUGGAUGCUGGCAAUGUAAUCCAUUAUUCAUCGCCCUACGAUUUGUCAGUUGAGAAAAUUGAAUACAACGAUACCGUUGGUUAUGAAGUCAUCGAGCCCGGUUCCGAAGUCAAUCUUUUGGUUACUCACAAAAAUGUUGGUGGUAUGCCAACGCCUUCCAAACAGAAUAUCUAUGCCUAUAUCGACGACAACAAGUGGGUAAUUUGUCCGGUUGCCAAUCGUGUUCCACUCAAGAAAUAUCUUGCCGCCGGUUCAAAGACAGAGUUGUCGAGACCCAUUCUUUUCCAGAUUCAAAAUUAUCGCCAGGUAUACCCAUUGCCACGUGAAGCAUUCACCGCUCCAGGCACAAUGGAGCACCAGGCUUUGGUGGAGCGUGUUGGUCAAACAUUUGCUAGAGUCCACAAGUCUGCUCAUAGUUUUGUAGUUGAAUAUCCAGUUCAGGCAUCGAUUAUCAAAGGUCUGGACAGUAUUGUUCUGGGUGACGAGUCACCAAUUCUCUACUCCGUGUGGAACAAAUCCAAGCUAUCCAUUGGAUUGGAUUCCACCAAUGGACCAUCAAGAGUUUUGUUCACCACAAUUAGAGUAUCGCCAAAUGCACAAGGUGGAACUCUUCGUUUGACUCCACAAGAUUUCAUUUUGCGUGAUCAAAAUGGUCGAAUCUAUGAUAAUCCAGAGGUUGGUCUUCACGCCAACGUACCAAAUGUACCGGGCGGUGGAUUGAAUUUCUUUACCAAUACAUUCCAAUUUACUGGAACUGGUUUGAAGCCAUACACUCGUGUAUUGCUCGAAUCCACAUUGUUCCUUGGACAUAUCAAAGACAUGGCCAAUGCACAAGCAAUCCAAUCUCGUCCAUUCGAAGUUCAAUUGUCUGAGGGAUACAAUAAUUCUCACCAAGCCGACUUGCUCCUUGUUACCAAUAAUCAGACUGAGUUUGCAGAGGUGAAUGCAUGGAGACAGCUGGCAAGUGACUUGGGAUUGAAAGUUGCAGUUUGGAACGUCAAUCUCUACAAAGACUUUAAUUUGGCUCACAAAAAGAUGGAUGGACUUUCGUUGCUUGACGAAUUUGUUGGAAAGACAAUUGUCUUUUUGAAUAAUACAUUCGUUCGUGAUGAACGUCGUUACGACUCUAUCAUAUUUACUAGAACACUCGAGUUAUUCUCAGCUGCCAAGUUCCGUGGUAUUCACACAUUGAUCUAUGGUAACAGAGGAUUUGACAUUGACAAUGAAUUGAUUCCAGCCGUUUCCAACGAUAAGAUUGUCUCUGCCAGUUAUUUCAAGAGUAUCGAAGAGUACACUCGUGCCUGUAAGCGUCGUAUUCUUCAAGGACCAGGUUCCGCUUUGCCAUUGCCAGCUACCUCCACCCCAACCUUCUCAGCGGUGGUAAUCAUGGAUAAGAAACAAAGAUACAUUGGUAUCCAUUCAACCAUUCACACCAUGUGUAUCUACUCUCAUCAUCACGAUGUCUACCCAUCGGAAACAAUCUAUCUUGAUCAUUUCAGUAUCAGUGAUCUCACUGAAGAUACAUUCCAUUUGAACCUGACCAAGUUGGACAAGAAAUUCCACUUUAAGAAGGUGACCGACAAGAAAGUACUAGAAAAGGUUACAACUUUGGAGGCUCGUUUGAAUUGUUCAACCGAUCUCCAAGUUCUCAAGGAAAGAUUGAGAGGUUUGGAUUCACCAGCUAUCAAUUCCGUUGGAAACGAUACUGUUAAGGAGGGUCUGUUGGACAUGCGCAAAGGUGACCGUGGUUCCUCUAGCUAUGUUAAGCGUUUCAUUGUAUUCAAUGCAGCGGAUCGUACCAUCUCAAAGGUCGAUGUCAAUGGAAAGGAUGUCCAACAAGCAAAGACAAAGAAGAUCUACUCGCUCAAUCGUUUCUCCAUUACUAUCGGUAACCAUUUCGGUAGUGAGACAAGCAAGGAUGUAUCAACAACAUUCCAAAUUGUCACUCCCGACAAGAUUAUCUAUCUUCGUGCCAAAUCCACUGAGCAACGUGACGAAUGGAUUGCCUCGGUCUCCACUCUCCCAACUGUAGAGGUUACCAACGUCUACAGAGAUCCAUCGAUGCAAUUGAAGUUGAGCGCAUCCCAUACCAACUUAUCACCGGAUCGUACCAAGACACCGUUGCCAUCGGCCAAUGCCAUGACUGAGUACUAUCCAAUCAAUAUCAUUCCAAUCAAUGAGAGAUUCAUCUUUACCAAACCAAAGCCAAAGGAUCUUGAAGAAAAGGCAAUCAAGCUGAGCAAGAAACUUCGUAAUCGUUUCCCCAAUCAACGUAAUGUGAUUGUCUACGAUGCCAGACCCAACAAGAUCGAUAAGUUUGCCAUGUACUAUAUGGGAACACUCGAAGUACAUCGUUCACUCGAUACCACAACUUCUCACAUCAUUCAAGUCAAGAUUGACCAAGAUGCAGCAAUCCACGAUCCAUCUUCGGUUCUUUCCUAUCCAACCGUCUACAAUAUGCUAAAGACAUUGGACUUUGCCCACAAACUAAAGUCACUCGAUGAUAAGGGAUUCAGAACCAAUCUCUUGGUUAAAAAGGAUUUAUACUUGGAUACCUACGAUCUUUGUUCAUUGACAUUACUAUCAAUCAUCUCUGAUAUUGCAGAAGAACAAUAUCAUUUCAGAGAAUCAAAAUGGAGAGAUAAAUUCAGUUCUGAAAAGAUCUAUUCAUUCCUUCGUACUUUACAAUUGAUAAAGAAUUAUAAAUUUGCACCACAAUCAUCGACUGGAAUCGAAACUCCAUUGGCUGAUGUUAUCAUUGAAAUUGGAUUGCAUUUGAGUAUCAUGAAAUCAUGCUAUACCACUUUGGCCGAUAAGAUUCUUCCAAAUCGUAGAGGUAAAGCUGUCAAUCAAGCAUCCAACAAACUCUGGUGGGAGAUUGUCAUGAUCCAUAUCUGUGGAUUCGACGUUGAGAAAGCAGAGAAGACCAGCAAGGUCGAUGCCGUUAUGAAGAAGGCUGUUAAGGAGCGUAUGGCCGCCAAGUUGGCAGCAUGGGAAGCAUACGCCGUCGCUGCACAACCAGCACACGUCCAUGGUUACCGAUUCGACGAGAAGAAGAAAGUAGUCAAAAACAAGGAAGCUGUCAUUGAAUGGUACCGUAAGCCACACUUUUCCAACUCGAUCGUUGACUCUAUGGCCACACCAGAGCUUGUUCUCACCAAGGAGAAAUUCCAACAGAAAACAGUGGCACCACGUCCCAACCAGGUCGAAGAGAGUCGUUCCACCUUCAACAACGACAGCGAGAGAAAGGAUUUCAUCAAUAAGAUGUUAAUGGACAAACUCGGUGCAAAAUCUGAACUUUUGGAAAGUCAAAAGCUUCAAGUCCAAGAGUUAUCAAACAUUCAACCAUCUGCCCAAUUAUUCCCAAGAGAUUUACCACCAUUAAAUUGGUAA